GGAGAAGAAAGCACCAGAAAUUCUGAAUUGGGAUUAGCAUAAAUUUGUUAAUGGUGCAAAUGGAAGCCAUGUGGUUUGCUUUCCUUGUGAUUUUAGUGGUGAUUUCACCUGUUGAAAGCCAGCUGAAAACUGGGUUCUAUUCUUCUUCCUGCCCAAGAGCCGAGGCCAUAGUGAGAUCCACCGUUGAAACACACUUCAACAGAGACCCCACGAUUGCUGCUGGCUUGCUAAGGCUUCACUUCCAUGAUUGCUUUGUUCAGGGGUGUGAUGGUUCGGUGUUGAUCACGGGGUCUUCUGCUGAGAGGAAUGCACUGCCAAACCUUGGGUUAAGAGGGUUUGAAGCAAUCGAUGAUGCAAAAUCACAGCUAGAGGCCUUGUGCCCUGGCGUGGUUUCAUGCGCCGACAUACUUGCACUUGCUGCUCGCGAUUCUGUGGACUUGACCAAUGGUCCAAGUUGGCAAGUGCCCACCGGAAGAAGAGAUGGCAAGGUAUCUUUGUCUUCCCAAGCCUCAAAUUUACCUUCUCCUCUUGAUCCUGUCUCUGUCCAGAGGCAAAAAUUCGCUGCUAAAGGCCUUGACGAUCAUGAUCUUGUCACAUUAGUUGGUGCGCACACCAUAGGACAAACAGACUGUUUAUUCUUUCGGUACCGUUUAUACAACUUCACGGCCACCGGCAACUCCGACCCCACCAUAAACCAAGCAUUUCUGGCGCAGCUUAAAGCCCUCUGCCCCAAAGAUGGCGAUGGCUCAAAACGCGUCGCGUUAGACAAAGACAGCCAGGCGAAGUUCGACGUGAGUUUCUUCAAGAACGUGCGUGACGGCAACGCAGUUCUGGAGUCGGACCAGAGGCUCUGGGGAGACGAUGCAACGCGUAGCGUGGUGCAGAAUUAUGCGGGGAGCAUCAGGGGAUUGCUGGGGAUACGAUUCGAUAAUGAUUUUCCAAAGGCUAUGAUUAAGAUGAGUAGCAUUGAGGUGAAGACGACAGAUGCACAGGGGGAGAUUAGGCAAUUGUGUUCCAAGUUUAAUUGAUCAUCAAGAAAUUAAUCAACCCCAAGAAGAUGCAUGUGUGGGCUGACUAUAUUUA